AUGAUGGAUCGGAUCGAAGAAAGAUGGAAGGCUUUCGAGGAGAACCAUCCUAAGAUACGCACGCUUGUUGAGACAGUGAAGCCAUACAUUCCGCCGGUCAACUUCAUUACGCUUCACUAUGCCUACUUCAUCAGUGUUACCCUGUUGGGUACACUCAUCUUCUGGGGCGCGUCAAACCCAUCCAAAAGCAUUGGGUGGUGGGACAGCAUGUUCAUGUGCAUGAGCGCCAUGACCGCGGCUGGACUCAAUUCCGUGAACGUUAGUCAGCUCACCACUUUCCAGCAAGUGGAAUUGGCCGUUUUGAUGAUGAUGGGAAGCCAGGUACUGGUUAGCUACUUCACCGUUGCUUUCAGGAAACACAUCUUCGAGAAGAGGUUCGAGGAUAUCGUGGAGGCAGAGAAAGAGAGGCGGAAUGCGCGGAAGGGCGAGGUUGGGGCUGUGGUAGGAAUGACGGGAGCUAUGUUUGGGCUGCCGAUUAUGGGGUCAUUUGGAGAGAACAAGAAGGGAAGUAAGCCGAAAGCAGAAUCCAAGUUGGCCACGCCGCUGGAAACAUGCGUUGAGGAUAUGCCACCCAGUACGCCAAUCCAGGAUGACCAAGCGCAAACCGGAUUAUCGCCCAUAUCACCUGGUGCAAGAGAAAGGACCUUGGCCCAGCAUGUCGGUUUUCUGGAUCCCAUACGAGAACGCGUCUCCCACGAAAGACCCAUGUCAGCAACGACAACAGGACAUUCAAUCUACAACGUGCAGAGUCAUCAGAGCAUGUCAAAACGUCGUCGUUCGCUGGCCGAAGAGUCUGGAGUAGGCGAUAGCUUCAACGUGAAGACCUUCGUGAACGAGCAAAAGCGCAACAUUGGCCGCAACGGGCAGUUCUUCAACCUAUCGUCAGAUCAGCGAGAGUACCUGGGUGGUGUCGAGUACCGCGCCCUGAAGUUCCUUUCCAUGUUCGUGCCGGCAUACUUCAUACUCUGGCAGUUCUUCGGCGGAAUCGCACUAGGGGCCUACAUGUCUGUCUACGAAAGAGAAGCGUGCGCUGUGAAUGCGCAGAAUCCUUGGUGGGCUGGUAUCUUUCUCGCUAUUUCUGCGUACAGUAACGCCGGCUUUACGCUACUGGACGCAGGCUUUAUACCCUUUCAGUCGUCAUACUACGUCCUCGUCAUCGUAACGAUCUUGUCGCUCGCCGGACCAGCAGCCUUUCCUGUCUUUGUACGCUUCCUCAUCUGGAGCAUGUCUACACUUCUCGAUCUCUUCUCCAAAGACAAAGAGUAUGGCGUAUGGAAAGAAGGCUUCGAUUUCAUCCUCAAGUUUCCACGACGUGUGUAUACCAGUAUGUUUCCUGCGCGAGACACCUGGUUGUUUAUCGCAACCUUCGGCUCUUUUGUGACAGUAGACUGGAUCUUGAUUCUGAUUCUCAGUAUUGGGAACCCGACGCUGGAAGUCAUACCACUUGGGCAGCGCAUCUUCAUCUCACUCUUCGAAGGUUUCUCGAUUCCAACUGGAGGCUACGCUAUCGUCUCGCCCUCGGGAAUGUACUUUGACGUACAGGUCCUGUGGCUCGUUGUCUUCUACACCGCGGCGUACCCUCAUAUCAUCACUAUGCGCAAAACCAAUGUGUACGAAGAACGCUCAUUGGGCAUAUACGAGGGCGAUGAGGCUGAGCCAGAACAACUCCACUCGGCGUCCAGCUCACUCUUCGAUGUCGACGCCGCGAUGCCUUCUUUGACCACCGCUGUAUCACAGAACGAGAAGACGUCUCUUGCGCCUAUCAAGUCUCUGGGUAAAGUCGGCCGUCGCGGCACUGCAUUCGUAGGCCGUCAACUUCAGCACCGCAUGACAGCCUUUCAGGGUGUCGGUGUCGCCAACGUGCCCGCAGCCCCUGCACCCUUAAAGCGAGCAGUGACUAUGGACUUUAACCGAAUGUCGAUUCAUUCCCUCAACUCGCACCCGCCAACUCGACCUCCUUCCCUCAUCAGCCAGCAAGUUCGCGGCCAACUGUCGCACGAUGUAUGGUGGAUAGCCUUUGCGCUCUUCCUCAUCGCGAUCAUCGAAACACACCACUCUAUCGAAGACCCGCGUACAUACAGCGUGUUUACCAUGUUAUUCGAGAUUGUGAGCGGAUACACAACUAUUGGAAUCAGUAUCGGGUUGCCGGAUCAAUCGUAUAGUUUCAGUGGUGGCAUGUACACAGGAAGCAAGAUUGUUAUGAUCUUGGUUAUGUUGAGGGGUAGGCACAGGGGUUUGCCUGUUGCGCUUGAUCGCGCUGUCAGAUUGCCAGGGAAGAAGUUGGCGGAGAUGGAGGAGGAGGAUGCGGAGAUCAGAAGCAUGUUUUCUCAGUGA